UCUCUCUCUCUCUCUCUGUGUAUUAAUGCUUUCGUUGCAUGCAGAUUUAUAGUUUAGCUGAUAGUAAUUUGCUUUCCUGAUUCAUUUAUUUAUUUGAUCAGUCUUGUUUACCUGGGUUUUGCUUUAUCCGCUUUCAUUGCUAAGAAAUAACAAACUGGAAAUUAAUUGUUUUGGGUCCUGUGUACUGGAUCAGUCGGUUUUACCGGGAAAAAAGUUUCAAUUUUUCUUUCUUUUUCUGCAUUUUCUGGCGAACAACACAACACCUGAUUCGUGCACUUUGUGAUAUUUUUGCUCGGUUGUUGGCUUAUUGUUUUGCUUUACACUGAUUACGUUUGAGUCUUGCUGUGACCCAUGCAUAGAAAUAAAUAAAUAAAUAAACAAGAAUCAUCCCACAAAUUUGGUCAAAAUCAAAAUCAAAAUCACUUACAAACUUAAAACCAAAUAUUUACUAGUAAGGCAAAAAUGAGCAUAAAUAUAUGAUUUGAGGGAAAAUAACUAAUAUUGCCUUUAGUCCAAGUAAGAUAUUAAGCUUUUUCUUCCAUAUUUGUACAGAUUCAUCUUCUUAAGGUAGUACUUCAAUGCAAUCAACAUAGAAUCUGGACCUAGAUACCCUAUAUCAAGUUGGGUUUGCAUCAACCAUUUACAUCACAAAGUGAGACAAUCAUUUUGUAGAUAUUUUCCCAAACUAUAAUAUUGGUUGAAAAUUUAACUAUACGAUAGAAUGAGAAAAGACAAAAACACACCUUAAAGAGAAUGCUUAGAUCAUAAAUCUUAUGUUCAAAUUUUCCUCUUCUCGUAAACUUAGCUUUUGCAAUAAGUGGUAACUUAACAUGAAAUUAAAUCCGAGAUCCUAAAUUUGAACCUUGACUCCAUACUUACCUCCCAUUUCAAUUAUAUAUUUUACAUGUCAGGUCCAUUUAUCAAUGGAGAGUUCGACUCACUGGUCAGACAUGAGAAGUGUCAGAUCUAAAAUAAAAUUAUUAAACUUAUGUGUUCCCAUUAGUUUUAAGCUUUGAGAUAGAUCGUAAUUUAACAGGAGGGAAGGUUUUGUAACAAGGUGUGUGAAACACAUGGGACUCUGAUUGUGAAAUUACUUGACUAUGUGCGCUGAACUGUUUUGCCUUUUUAGUCCACUUGGAGUUGAUAUUGUUGGUUUUAACAUUUGGUGCACUUGCAGUAAACUCCUUGUUGAGGGCCUAUGCACCUUGAGAUUAGUCGGGGCUUUGUUCCAGACAUCCAGUGCCAAUAAAAAAAAUGUUAGCCUGCUUUGGAGGGGUGAAUAGGUCUAAUGUAACUGCAUUAUCAAUUCACAUUACUUAAAACUAAAGAAUGACUCUUUUUUUUUUUUUUUUGAUAAGUAACUAAAGAAUGACUAAAUAAUACUCACUCUUUUGUUUUUGCCUCCUCAACAUAUUCUCCCAUGUUCAACCCUCAGUUCCAUGCUCCAAACAUUAGUCAACAAUGUUUUUCUCGCACUAUCGAGCAUAGCAUCUUUAUUUAUCAGAAAAAAAAAAAAAAAAAACUAUUGAGCAUAGCAUCUUUGGAUGCUUAUAAAAAAAUAAAAAUAAAAAUCAUCUUUGGAUUUUAUCAUGGUUUACAUUGCAAUGAUGAGAAUGUAAUUCUAAGUUUCUAAGAAAAAAAAGAAAGAAUGUGGUUUUAUGUGAUACACUAUCAUAACUUAUCAAAAAAACUGUGAUACACUAUUAUAUGGGAUGAGUGCAGGUGGUGUAUGGGAUCUCACAUUGCUUGGGAGGGAGAAAUUCUUGCUCUUUAUAAUGAUUCCAAUAGGGCUUCAAUUGUACCAUUGACUAAUCAUUUUGGGUGUGGCCCAUAUGUGGCUUGAGCCUUCCCCAGGGGUGUUACAUUUUAAGUAAAGUCAAUUCUAACCUCUUGAUCACAGCAAUGUCUUCAUGAGUGGAUGUGAUAAGUUUUCGACCUUUUUUAUAAGUCUUCAAUCUUUAGAUGACAAGAUUCGAGAGACAUAGGCUUAGGAGCUUACUUUUUUUUAUCAACAGAAUAAGCCAAUUCAACUUUAUACCUAACAUUAUUUUUGGAAUGAAACAAAAAAGAUUAGAGAGAGAAAGGGAGAGGAUAAUCAUUGGUUCAUCAUAAACUAGAAAUAAACAAUCUGAGUGUGCGCACCAUUUUACCCUUUUGAUCUUUCAUCAAAUUUAAUUAGUCAUGGUCAAUGAUAUAUUGGAGAGAUCUAAAAGAGAGGAAUGUAUACAUGAAAAACUAAGAACAACUCAAUUGAAUAGCAGUUAUAAUUAUCAGUAUCAGUUCUGGAGUUUCACUCCAUGGCCCUUGUGUGGUUUAGUACAGAGUGAACCUUUUAAGUGAUGAGUUCCAUGUCUCACCAUAUAUGGGUGUUAAUGUAACAUUGUUCUCAGUUUUGUUAAAUUAACUUGGCAUGAAGUUCAGUUUAGCUCUCCAUAUCUCUAUCUUAGAGAUUUGAUUUUGGAGUCGGAUCCAUACCUAUUCAUGUCAAGGAUAUGAUCUUGUUGAAAUGAAGUCUGGGAGGAUAAAUCAUGAUAGUGUUCAUACUGCAUUAACCUGCGAUGAUGUCCUAUGUGAGAUUCUCCUGCGAUUGCCAGAAAAAUCUGUCUUUAGACUCAUUCUUGUAUCGAGAAAGUGGCUUCAUGUGAUAUGUAGCAAUUCUUUUCGUUCUAGUUACCACUCUCAAUGGAAGGAAAGUUUCCAUCUUUUGGGCUUCUUUGUAUGCAAUUUUCUAUACCUUGGAAGACCCCGGGAUGGCAUCCGUCGCCCCCCUUGGGAGCCUGCACUACCAUUAUUGUCAACUUGUAAAGAAGGUGAUGAUUUGAAGUUUUCUGGGGUCCUCAAACAGCUUGGUUACUUUAUUGAUUCUUCCAAUGGGUUUCUUCUUUGUGGCCGCCACCCAAUGACUUAUUAUAUAUGGAGUCCCAUCACCAGGAAACAAUACCAACUCCCUCAGCCUCAGCAGUAUUAUCGAAGUUUGUGCAUGGCAUUCAUUGUUGAGGACGCCCAUGAUGAUGUAAUCUGCUAUAAAGUUAUUCGCGCCAAAUGUGUAUGCAAACCUGUUGAAGUCAACACUGUUUCCAUUGAGACUUUCUCUUCAAAGACUGGUGCAUGGAAACAAUCCACUCUCACUUGCUCUGCAAGUUUUGCGUUAUGCCCUCGAACAGUAGCUACCGUGAUUGGAGGUGUCAUUUACUGGUUUGCAGUACAAAAACAUUUAGCUAUUUAUGACCCAUAUCUUGGAGUGAGGCGUCUAUCUCUGAUUAAACUACCAGCUGGUGAGUUGUCAUUUGAUUAUGAAGAGUCUGUACUUGGGGAGUCCUCUGAUGGGCUUCUGCAGUAUGGCCAGAGCAGUAAGUUGGGCAUUGAGAUCUGGGUUCUUGAGAAAGAACAAAGUGGCUACUCAUCCAUGUACAAGAGUGACACACAUUGGGAGAAAAGAUGGAAUUUAAGAUACAAACUGAGUUUCAGAGAGAUGUGGAAGCAGAAUCCAACUUUCACUGACCGUUUAAGCGAAUCCCAAAUAUUGUCUUUUCUUCCUCGGAAUUCUGAAUCUGUAUUCAUUAGAUCAGGGUCAAAUAUCUUCCUCUGUCAGCUUGAGAGCAAAAGGCUGGACGUGGUUCAUUAUCAUGGCCGUGGCUCUUCAAUUUCAUGGGAUUCCAGUAAAGUAGUACCAUACUUCAGGCCAUCUUGGCCUCGUUCUUCUUUAUGUCAGUAACAGUAUGACAUGAUUUCCCACCAGUUUUAUGGAGAAGUUUGUGAAUGUGGUUCAAGAAAUGCUUUCUUGUAACCUUUCUGGGUUUUGUAGUUGCCAUGUAAUAGACUGUAAAGCAUUUCUCCCUGCUGUUAUAUAGUCAAUGCUUUGGUUGUUCAUACA